GUGAUUCGUGCGCAAUCUCGCGCGAGCUCAACGCGGAUUCAUCUUGCUUUUCUUUCAACGUCUGCAGUUCAGUCUCUCUCAAUUUCCUAGAUCUUAGUGUUCGGAUAGAUAGACCUGCCUGCGUGUUCAGCUGCUGAAGAAAUUCAGCGUUGCUAGCCCGGCAUGGCUCCUUCCUGGCUCCCCACCCUCCAUCUCCCUUCCUGGCUGCACCUCCCAGACCGCAUUGCCGUCCAACACAUCCUCUACGGCAUCAUCAUCGGCUUCUCUCUUUCUCUCACCUCAACCUCGCUUGCUCUGUGGUACCAAGAGCGCAAGCGCGACCGCUUCGUGCGCCGCUUCGAAGCGCGUCCAAUAGAGCUGCGCAGCGAUGAAAUCAUCAAGGGCGUUACGGGGCUGAUCGGAAACACGCCGCUGGUGAGGAUCGACUCUCUCAGCGACGCGCUCAGGGUGGAGAUCCUCGGAAAGGCAGAGUACCUUAACCCUGGAGGCAGUGCGAAGGACCGCGUCGCGCUGAAAAUGAUCGAAGACGCGGAGCACCAGGGCUUCCUUCAUCCGCACACAGGCUCCCGAAUAUUCGAAGGCACCGUAGGAUCCACGGGAAUCUCGAUCGCUACGGUCGCGAAAGCGAGAGGAUAUGAUGCAGCGAUCAUCAUGCCGGACGAUGUCGCAGAGGAGAAGGUCAAGACGCUGCUCGCGCUCGGCGCAGAGGUCGAGCGCGUGCGGCCGGCGAGCAUCGUCGACAGGAAGCAGUUUGUCAACCUCGCUCGAGAGCGCGCAAAGCACUUCGGCCUUCCCUCUCAGGCCUCCGCCGUCCCGCACGGCCACCUCCUCUCCACGUCGAGCUCCUCGCUGCUUGUGUCCACUACGGUGACAGACACACUUGGCGAGGAGCGUGCCAAGGAGGGCGUGGUGCUACUCGCGCCGCGCGGAUACUUCGCAGACCAGUUUGAGAACCGGGCGAACUACCAGGCGCACUUCCACGGCACGGGCCCAGAGAUAUGGAGGCAGACGAACGGACGUGUGGACGCGUUCGUCUCUGGUGCAGGGACGGGUGGCACCCUUGCGGGCACGGGCCAGUACCUGAAGAAGAUGGACAAGCAUGUGCGCGUCGUGCUCGCGGACCCGGAGGGCAGCGGGCUGUACAACAAGGUAAAGCACGGCGUGAUGUUCCACCAGAAGGAGGCGGAGGGAACGAAGCGGCGGCACCAGGUGGACACGGUCGUCGAGGGGAUAGGGAUCAACCGCCUCACGAAGAACUUUGAGCUCGCGCUCCCGAUCAUCGACGAUGCGUUCCGGAUCACCGAUGCGGAGGCGGUAGCCAUGUCGCGCUACCUAGUGCAGCACGAUGGGUUCUUCCUCGGGAGCAGCAGUGCAUGCAACCUCGUCGCGGCCGUCAAGUUUGCCAAGAAGAUGGGCUGGCGCGAGGGGCAGACGGUGGUCACGAUUCUCGGCGAUUCGGGCAGCAGGCAUUACUCAAAGUUCUGGAACGAUGAUUAUCUCCGUGAGGCGAACAUCCCUGUUGACACUCAGAUAAUCGAAGACUUGCUAGCGCAACCUCCGGCGAACCAGAACCACAUCGCUGCUGCGCAGUAG